GCGGGGCGCGGUCGCCGUCACGGAGCGGAGCUAGCUUGUCAUCCGGCCGCCAUUAUCUCAUAUUUUAAACGGAUUCGUAUUCAAUUAAAGUUCGGGCUGACGUUACGCGUUUUCAGUGUCGAUACUAUAGUACAUCGAAGACAAUCUCUGUGGUGUUCAGUUCGUUCGUGCUAAGUGUGUACGACUAGGAUUGGGAGUGAUAAGUGUUAAGUUAGGUUACUGUGUCGAGUAGAGAACCGCAAUUAUCGUCGCGUAGGGUGUCUCCAGUGGGGCCGAAGCGGCAGGCGGCGUGCGGAGCGCAUGCAGAGGGAGCGGUGAGAGCGCGCCCGGCUCGGGGCGGCCGGCGGCCAGGCGCCAAGGCACGAGAACAGCUGCCGACAUGGGAUGCGCCCAGUCGGCCGAGGAGCGAGCGGCGGCCGCUCGCAGCCGACAAAUCGAGAGGAAUUUAAAAGAGGAUGGCAUCCAGGCUUCCAAGGAUAUCAAGCUGCUUUUGUUAGGUGCUGGAGAGUCCGGCAAGAGUACUAUAGUCAAACAAAUGAAAAUUAUCCACGAAAGUGGCUUUACGAAUGAAGACUUCAAACAGUACCGGCCGGUGGUGUACAGCAACACAAUUCAGUCGCUCGUCGCCAUCCUGCGCGCCAUGCCCAACCUGGGCAUCACCUAUGGCAAUAAGGACCGGGAGAGCGACGGCAAGAUGGUGUUCGACGUGAUCCAACGAAUGGAGGACACGGAGCCGUUCAGUGAGGAGUUGCUCGCGGCGAUGAAGAGGCUCUGGGCCGACGCCGGCGUUCAGGAGUGCUUCGGCCGAUCCAACGAGUACCAGCUCAAUGAUUCAGCCAAAUAUUUCUUGGACGACCUCGACCGGUUAGGUGCGAGAGACUACCAGCCCACCGAACAAGAUAUUUUAAGAACUAGAGUCAAAACUACUGGUAUUGUCGAAGUGCACUUCUCCUUCAAAAACCUUAAUUUCAAAUUGUUCGACGUCGGCGGGCAGCGGUCGGAGAGAAAGAAAUGGAUCCACUGCUUCGAGGACGUGACCGCGAUCAUCUUCUGCGUGGCCAUGUCCGAGUACGACCAGGUGCUUCACGAGGACGAGACAACGAACCGCAUGCAGGAGUCUCUGAAGCUGUUCGACUCGAUCUGCAACAACAAGUGGUUCACGGACACCAGCAUCAUCCUCUUCCUCAACAAGAAGGAUCUCUUCGAGGAGAAGAUCCGCAAGUCGCCUCUUACAAUCUGCUUCCCCGAAUACACUGGCGCGCAAGAGUACGGCGAGGCGGCCGCGUACAUCCAGGCACAGUUCGAAGCCAAGAACAAGUCCACCACCAAGGAGAUAUACUGCCACAUGACGUGCGCAACCGACACCAACAACAUUCAGUUCGUGUUCGACGCCGUCACCGACGUCAUCAUCGCCAACAACCUGCGCGGCUGCGGGCUCUACUAGACGCCGACACCGCACACCGCCGGUCCGCUGUCACAGAGCCUAGCUAAUUUUUUAACCUACCGCAUAAGUUUUAUCCCUCUGUAAGUUUCGGACGCUCUCGUCGCUCGCUUCGCGGGCCCGGGGGUGCCUGGGUGCCUGGCUACACGUGUGCCUGGGUACAGGGGUACAUGUGUGCUUGGGUACAGUCAACUGUAAAUAUAUGGGUGUAGACAACUUACUCAAAAAUAUGUCCCAUAGUUCUUAAUUCACUGACAUAAGAGUUAUGGGACAUGUUUUUGAGAUGAUUUGUACACCCAUAUUUUUACAGUUGACUGUACAUGUGUACACAUGUACCCGUGUACACGGGUACAUGUGUGCCUGAGUACACGGGUAGAUGUGUGCCUGAGUACACGGGUACAUGUGUGCCUGGGUACAUGUGUACACGGUGCCAGGGGUCGGGCGGAGCCGGGCGCGGCGCCGGAUCGGAGUUGUGAUCGUUAUUUUUCCUUGUAACAUAAACCGAUACCUGUUUAGUCGAGAUCGGCCCCAGGGACGGCACGGACGGAGUCGCUAGAGAUCUAGUGUUCAAUUCUAAAUGUUGGUGCUAGGGAGCGCCCCUGGCCGGCGUCGCGGCUCGGGUCGAGUCGGGUUGGCUCGGGUCGGCUCGGGUCGACUCGUGUCGGCCCCUCGGCCGCCGCGUCGAUGUUUACGUUGUAUUUGUGUAAGAGUAUUUAUAGCCGCGUGUGAACCCGCUUGGAGCUGCGAAAGCGAACGCUUAUAUACUCACUCUCUUACGGACCAAACGGAAAAGAACCAAUAUAGUAGAACUGAAACUCGGUAGUGGGGAAUGGACACGUUCACAGGCCUAUUUUAACUGAUACAAAACGUCAUUCCAUUAUUAAGUAUUAUCACUUACGAUGAGAAAUUAUUUUUUAUAAACUUUUGAAUGCAAAUCUGUAACCACUAUCAUACUGAGAGUUAUUUUACGUAGGUGAGCUCCUAAUGUAAGUCAGCUUGUACCGGCGCUCGGCGUCGUAGCGCACAAAUUAGUUAUUCCUACGAGAGCAUUACUUCGUAUGCCAUAUUUCUAAAUAAUUAUUUUUUGUUUGUAUUAUUUUCUAUAUCACUUUACUGUAAUCUUAAAAUGUAGCCUAUAAGAGUAAUGUCUCGUUUUCGAUAAACCAUGCUAUUUAUUUUGUAGCGUACGUAAUCGUAUUAAAGGUGGUAAUUGUAAACUGUCAUGUUUAAUUUAAUUUUAAGCGGAACCAACUACUCGGUCGCGGCCGGUCGCGGCUCGUUAAGAUAUGUGAGUAUAUAAACUCGGUAUACACUCGCGAAUCGGCGUAAUCAAACACUAUACAUAUAUAUAACUAUAUAACAUAAUUUAUUAUUAAUAUUAAAAUAAAAAUCUUACUUUAAGCGUUAGGACAGUAACCGUAUCAAUAAACAUUAAUUAAUAACGCAGUUAGACAGUAACCUUUACUAUCGUCAUAGUUAGGUGAUUGAUUUUUCAUUUUACGUUUAUGAGUAUGUAAAAAGUGAAUAAAUGAAAUCGUGACACCUACACUGUGACGCCGCGCCCUCUCGCCUGUCGCGGCACGCGGACCCUCGCUCGCUCGGGAUGCCGGGGGAGCCCUCGCUCGCUCGGGAUGCCGGGGGAGCCCUCGCUCGCUCGGGAUGCCGGGGGAGCCCUCGCUCGCUCGGGAUGCCGGGGGAGCCCUCGCUCGCUCGGGAUGCCGGCGGAGCUCUCGGGCGCCCGCAGGCCGCGGGGGCUCGUCGAAGGGCGCGGCGCGAGCUUGUUGCUAGGUAGGUUUUUUACUGUUAUGUAAACGAUAUGUGUACGUAAAACUAAUAAAGAUAAUAUUAGCGCAGUUCUACAUUCGACCCGAAACUAAACUUAAGUAAGCUUCACCCUUCAUUAAAAGUUUUUUAAUGGAUGAAUGGUGGUGGGUGUGAGUCGAUUCCGACGACUCGGUUGUCGUGCGGGCCCCGCGCGGCGCCGCCGGAGCUCCGCCGGAGCCCCGGGCCGCGGCGGUCACAACGGACAGAAGGCGGACGCGAGGACUACCAUGUCGCCGCGCAUCCAGUGUGCCCGCCCAACUCCCGCUACUUGACGAGGGGACUCCCGCGUGCGGGGUGUCCGAACGUUAGGGCCGCUUGACGUGAACGAGGUGCGUUCAGAAAUGGACACGGUGUCCCGCGACACCUUGCGAGCGGUAGUGCCGGGCGGAGCCGGGCGCGCGGCCUCCUCUGGUUCGUCGUGACGGGCGCACCGAGCGCGAGGUCGAGUCGUGCAUUUACUCGGACGCGUUCCGCCGCUGCUGAACAUUACCUUGUAUGCUUUAAUGUUUCGAGUGAAUGUGAUGUAAAUUUUGUACACUGCCGCAUUGUUUAAUUCGCUCGGAUCACAUUUAGUUUAUAAGACGGUGACCCAAACGCACACGCCACAUGAGAAACGAGUCUGUGACAUGAAUCGUCGCACAAAUGAUAGCGGUCGAAGUGAGGAACCGAAGCUCAAGGCCGCGCCGGGCCGCCGUGGCUUGUGCGAAUGCUUCUUAUUUGAAGACUGAAAUGUUGCGCUCAAAAUGUUCUCCCGCUUUAUUAGAUCCAUGGAAAGGUAAUAAAGGCAGAAAGGCAGUUUUUUUAGGAAACUUAGGGUUUAGUAAAAUGGUCACGAUUCAUGAUACGUCUCGCUGCGGACGAGGGAAAGCAUCAGAGUCCGGGACUCGUACCAUCUCGCUGACAGAGCGUAUAGAGUAUGGAGCGGCAUUCAGUCGUAAUUUUUAAUAUUAAACGCUCACAAAACACAAUGUUGUCGAUUUAAAACAAUAUCACCAUGCUUCAUUCAUAUUUGCCAAAGUUAAUACUAACCUCACUAUUUAUACCUACUGUAUGUUCUUCGAUGAUAAAAUUGUAAAAAGCGCACCGAGCGCCGCGCACCCGCGCCGCCUCGAGCGUAAUAUUUGUACUGAUCAAAGUACAAUGUUGAAAAUAUCUUAUUUAGAAUUGAUGACAUGUAAACAUUUAUUUCUAGCGCGUGCUGCGGCCCGCCCGGCUCGGCCUCGGCCAAGCGCUCCAGCGCAGGCGAGGCCGGAGCAGGCCUCGGCCGAGCGCUCCAGCACAGUCGAGGCCGGAGCGGGCCUCGGCCGAGCGCUCGAGCCCAGCCGAGACCGAAGUAGCUCUCGGCCAAGCGCUGAAGCCCGGUCGAGGCCCGCUCCCAGGCGGACCUGUCUAAUGAACAAACGUUUAAGAAAGUAAAAUUUUUAGUCACUAGUGGGUAAUUUUUGAAUGUGAUUCAAUCUUAUCUUUAUUUUUCUAUAUCGAGUGACAUCUUUUGUAACUUUUAUUUCUUUAUGUUUCAACUUAUAUUUUGUAUUGCAUUUACUGAAAGCGAUGUAUUUAACCAACGAUGUAAUGAAGUAAUAUUUUCUCUUUUUUGUAUCUCGUCUGCACUGGUAUUUUUUAUUGAAUUUACUAUAAAUGUACUUUAAGUGUAUAAUUUUAAAUAAAUUACUGAAAAUGAUUAUAUUCUAAUUUUUAUGUUCAAAUAA